UUAGUUUAAGUUUAUUAGUAAUUAUUUUUAUUUCGUGUCUAAUACAGCGUGUGUUGAAUCGUGUGCGAAUUAUGCAAAAUAUGUGCGAGUCUAGUGUAUCUUAGGAGAUGCUCUCGCCCAAAUGUAGAAAACACUAUUCUAUUGAGAGUAAGGAAGUUAUAAACAAUGUUCCAUCAACUGUAUGGAAAAUUGGGAAUAAUUCCAAGGAAAAAAGAAGCGAUGCUGACAUUUUCUGUAAAUGAAAGUGAUCAAGAUAUAAUACGGCGUAUAAUUUACCAGCUAUACGAGGAACAAAGCGUGCUUACAUUAGAUAUCUUAAUUAGGAGGCUUGAAAAAGAUGAAACCGGUGUUAAAUGUGGCAGAACUACCUUACGGAAGUGUAUUCAACAACUGAGUUUUUGAUUUAAAAAAAUUGACAAAAGGCAAGUUUUAAUGGAAUCUUUUAGAAUUCGGAAAUGGCGACUGGAAUAUCUAGAAAAAAUUAGGAUUUACAGAGAACAACACAACUUGUAUGAAACCUGGUUCGAUGCCCCGGAAAAGGGUUGGGUUGACUCAACUGAUAAGUGUAAGAAGACACCACCGCUGAUUUAUUUGAAAGUUGGUUUAAAAACAAACUAGUUCCAAACAUUUCUCCUAAUAGCAUAAUUGAAAUGGACAAUGCAAGUAAACAUUUGACUAAAACCCCUUCCUCAUGUGACACAAAAGCAACAAUCCAAAACUACAUGCCGACAUUUAUUUUCACGAAGAUUAUACCAAAAAGCAAUUAAUUGAGGUUCUACAAAGCUUGAACCUACAAAAGGAAUACGUCUGUGAUAAUUAUGUAAAAAAUCUAGGGUAUACAGUUUUCAGGCUUUCACCUUACCACUGUAUAUUUAAUCCCAUUGAACAUGUUUGGCACCAACUGAAAUCUGCCGUUCGUCGUAACAAUGUUUUUCCCUAAAUGCUGAACAAUGUGGAAUUCCAUCAGAAAAUAAAAAAUCCACUGCAUCAAGACUUUUGCGAAAAUGAAAUAGACUACGAGAAACCAGCAAAAGGCAAAUCGCCAAAAAAUAGUGGGACCAAGCCGAUUCUGAGUCCCGCCAAUUCGAAACGUUCAAAUAAAGAACGUGUAGAGGAAAAAAAUGUUCCGUCAGAUAUAGUGUGUCCAAAAAAAGAAACGCCCAGACCGCUAUUCGCUUUGCGGUGUACCGCCGCCAAGGACUGCAGUCCACUAGGCGAUGGACUGUUAUGUUGUGAUGGUAAAUGCCUUAAGGGCGUCAAACCACCAAAACCGGAACCAAAACAUCAACCCGUAUUUUUUGGAAUGAUUCACCGUCGAUGCCCUUCGGAUCCCUUACCGGAAUUGUCUGGGGUAAAGGAAUGCAAGUCAGACAACGAUUGUUCAUCGAGAAUAUGCUGCGCGGAAGCUUUACAAAAUGGCGAGGUGGCGCACUACUGUAGAACUGCGGAGCCCGUAUGGGAUAACUUACCUAUUCCUAAUCACUUUUUGGAUACUUUGAAAACAUUUGUCGGGUACAUGCAGUGUACCCCACCACCUCCGCCAUUUUUGGAUCUCUUUCCAAAACCCUGUCAGAAUCCUUUGGAUUGUUUUCCUAAUUUAUGUUGCCAAGAAAGAGGGAAAAGAUAUUGUAGACCUCCCAAAAGGUCUCUCUUGGCGCUAGUCGCCGAUAUCGGACAGAGAAUUAUACCUGAAGACGCAGCAAAAAAAUUUAUAGAAAGAAUAUCCUAAAUAGAACCUUUAUUUUUGUAAAUAAAUAUUUUUUUAAGUUA